UGUAACAAACGUACUUUAUGUAUGGUGGUAAAGCAGAAGUUCAAAUUACAUUAUCAUUCUCGUAAUGAUUCACGAGGUUUCGUUACUGAUGAUGUAAUAAUUAGCUCAAGAGGAGGUCAUAAUAUUAAUAUUGGAGAUGUUAUUGAAGUUUAUCAUCCUGAAGAUGCACAUCAUGCUCUUUUCUUGGUUACAACUCUCAGUGAUGAUUUACAAAAUCGUGAUGUCAUUAGUAUAGAACAAAGUCUUGCACAUACAUUUAAAUUGCAACAACAUAAAAAUGUGAUUGUAAAUGUGAUGAAUAAAGAAACUAUUUCAUUGGAUUUAGUUGAAUUAUACUUUCGAGAUCAAUACUUCAGUCGAAGAGAUUUCUGUAAUAUUACACAGAAAUUAAUUGGUACUGUUGUACAUGUGAAUAAGAAACUUACUUGUAAUGAAACAAGAACACAGGUUGGUGAUUUAUGGCGCCUUGGUGAAAGAUAUUCUUGUGGAUAUAUAGAUUCAAAAACUAAAAUUAUUUUUCGUUCUUCCACAGCAGUUAUACAUAUUUUUAUACAAAUGAGUCAAGAAAUGUGGUGGUUCGAUAAUAAUGGUGAUCUUUAUCUAGAGAAAGCUUUCAAGUUUUUGUCAAAAUUAUUUUUGAAAUUUUGGCCUGAAAAUAAUUGUAAUCAUGAUACAACUGUUGUAUUCUUUACUCGUAUCUAUAUUGAUGAUGUACCUUCUGAAUACUCUCAGUCGUUUAAACAAGAUGCUUUAAGUAGAUAUUAUGAAGAUUUUUACAGAGUGAUUAUACAAAAUGAACGUUUUACAACAGAUGAUUGGAAGCGAGAACUUGGUCGAAUGCAAUAUGAAAUACUCCAAUUUGAAAAUAAUAUUUACUCUUAUUUACGCAAUACUUAUCCAUUAAUUAAUAAGAACUCAAAUAAAACAAAGUUAAAUAUAUGUACAGCUAUGGAUGCUAAUCUCUUGGAAGUAUUGAAUAUGGCUAUCAAUCUUUAUUCGGGAUAUAAUAUUGAUCGGAAUUUUGAUCGUACUGGUAAACUUCUAUUUGUAAUUACACCAGGUUCUGGUGUCUACCAUGUCAAUGAAAAUCUUUUAUUGUUAACAAAAAAACGAGUUCUUGAUUUAGGUGUUGGAGUAGAUUUAAUCUGUCUGGCAGAACAACCUCUUCAUGCAGUUCCAUUGUUUAAAAUUUUAUCUGAAUCUUUUAUAAAUCCAGAAGAAUAUGUUGCACCUCAUUGGAUCAAUUGCAGCUAUUUUAAAUCAGCACAAGAAUUGAAAUAUAUUGAAAUGGGCAAACCAUUCCCACGUGUUAAAGUUGUUUCUUUUAAACAUGUAAAUGAUGUACCCAUUUCGACAUUUAUCAAUGAUCUACCAAGAGAUGAUCAUCAACCUGGUAAUCAGCAAACGAACGUCCCGAAGGAAAAUUGUGAUGAUACUAUUCCUACUACUACGUCUAUUACUAUCACUAAGUCAUCUCUUCCUAUCUACCGUAUCGCCUAUCCACCAUACCAAUCACCAUCUAACCAAAACAAACGUAAAAAAUCACAUCAACUACCAAAUGAAGUAAUCAGUGGGAAUUUAACAAAAUCUCACGAUUCCAUAACAAGCGAUUAUUGUUCACCAUCAACUGUUCGUCAUCAACUAGAUGAUAAUCCUUCACAUAUGAUAUCAUCUAUAAUAGAUCAGUCAUCUUCUGUAGAAUCAAAUCUUAUACCUAUUUGUUGCUUGAAUCAUACAACGUAUAUUUCAACGAAUGCAAUAACAGCUAUUUGCAAAUCUAGACAAAUUGUUUCAACAUCAUCAUCAUAUAGGAAUUUAUCACGAAGUUAUGAUUCGUAUAUCACGUCUAAUGGUUCUAUAGCUCCUCUAGUUAGUUCAACUACUGUUAGCGGUAUCGGUUUUGGUAUUACUAGUCAUAGUCACAUUGUUAAUGUAGAUAAGUACCAACCAACUAAUCAUAUACAUACGUCAUUGUCACAUGUCUCAUCGAUUGGUGGUAGUAAUAACAGUGGUAGUGGUAGUAUUAGUGGUUAUACAACAAUUACCUCGCUCCCAUCGGUUCGUGAACGCUGUAUAGAAAAUGGUCAAUUAAAAUUAAUAACUGAUAAAAAUCAGAUUUUAUCAAUUCCAGUGACAUCUCGGAAUGCUAGAAAUCGAACACAAAGUUUUAAUGGGGAACAAAGAACAAAAUUAUCAUAUAUAGAUAAUCAUGCCAGUUUCAGAGAAAUUCAUAAUUCUGUGAAUGGGGCUAAUUAUAAUGUAAAUAGUGCUGAAGCUGCAUAUCUACAUGAAAAUGCUAUUUCUCGUUGUCGAACAAUGGAUGUUAUCUUAUCAGAUGGACAACCAUCUCCAAGUUCAUGGAAUAUCAUCACUCCUCAACACUUUACACUACGUAGUUGUAAUUCAAUAGACCGUCGUACUAACGGUACCUUGUCAUUAUCUGGAUUAAAUUCUCAUACUUUACCAUUUAUUCGUAGAAAAUCAACAAUUACAUUAUAUUCAGCAAUAACAACCACUACUACUUAUAAUACUACUAAUACUAAUACUCCAGUACAUUGUGGAAAAUUUAAUUCAACUACAUAUUCACGUAAUUUAACAAAUUAUACAACUAGUUCACUUAUAUCAGGAGCAUAUUUUCCAUUUGGUUUAAGUAAAAAUCCAUAUAGAAUGCCAAUAUCUGCUGGUCAACGUAGAUGGGCACUUGUUCGUCCAUCAGAUGAAUAUGGAGGUACAAUUACACCACAUUGUAUCAUUACAUCUAAAGAUGAUAUCGAUUUUAUGUAUCCAGCACCGUUACCUUAUAAUCUUUGUCAAAUUUGGACAGCAUAUUUUGACUUUUUACGUGCACGUUUUUUGGAUAAAAGAAAGUCAAAUCAGAAUAGCUUCAAAGAUAAUAAUAAUAAUGUCAACUAUGUUAAUCGUCCAAUUGCUGACAUUCAACAUUCCAGUUUCAGUAAAUCCAAUACUUACAUAUCUGCAAAACAUUUAUCAGCCUAUGAUGAACGUACCACUGAAAAGGAGAAUAUUUCAGACGAUCGUUUACCAAUGACACUUCCUUCAACAUCUGUUAGCACUAAUCAUAUUUCCCAACUUCAAUUCAAUGAUAAAACUACAUCAGAAUAUAAUCCAUCCAGCAGUAAUAAUCACACAUCAACUUUACCAAAUUCAGUAACAUUAGAAACAGACCAACAUAAUCAGUCUAGAAAUAAUGAUAACAAUAAUAAUAGUUUAUUACAAACAUCUGAGAAGUCAAGGAAAGCUUUAGAAAAUUUAUUAGAAGCUGUUAGACAUGCAAUGUUCUCUUACUCCAUUCAAUCAUCAUCAUCGUCAUCAUCAGCUCCCCAUUUGUCAUCAAUGCCAUCAUUGUCAUCAACAUUUUGGCAUCAAAAUCAAAAUAUUACUACUACUACCACUACUAGUAAUAAUAAUAACAACAAUAGUAAUAGUAAUACUAAUAAUAAUCCUACUAAUAACAGUAGUGAUGAUCAAAAGUUGUUCAGUGUACAAAUGAAUAACUUCAAUGUAUUAACCAAUUAUAAACAGAUGAUACCAAAACGUGUCGAUGCCCUGCGGAAUAUGUUACGACUCAUCGGUGUUGACUGGAAGUCAUUGAUAGUUCCGGCAUGUUUACCAGUGGAUACAGAUUAUUUUCCAGAUACUUGUCGUCUUCGUAGUGAAUGGUACACAUUACAUGAUUAUCGUGUUGUACCAAGUGGUAUGUCACCAGAUGAAUGGGCUUCUAUGAAUAACGCUUGUUCGGAGCCCGGAGCUUUAUACAACCGUCGCCAACUGACAGCUCGUGAAGUAUUUCAAGAGAUGGUACUUCAACGAAUAAGUCAGGGCUUUCAAUUAUGUCAUGAAGUUGUAGUACAUAAUCCGACUAAUUCUAAUAAUGUGGAACAUCAUUCUGUUACCAGUAUUAAUACAUCUCCUACCACCAUUAUACAAAAUGACAAUCUUCCAAACUGUUCAAAUAAUAAACCUAAAACAUUGUCUGUAAUAAAACAAAACAAUGAUCGACAUACUACAUCGAAUUCUCCACAUACAACAUAUCAUUCACGAAGAAUCUCAAAUAUUUCUACUGCUGUUAUAGAUACUACUAUUAAUAACAAUAUUAACAGUAGUCCUAAUUAUUUUCCAACUGAUAGAAAUACUACUAAUACUACUCAAUUUACAAAAUCAACAAAUCGAUGUUUUCCAACUCGUUUAUCAUCAAAGUUUCCUACAAUCAAUAAUAAUGCUCAACCAUCGAGAGGAUCGAAUGUAUCAUCAUCAAUAUAUAAUGGACGUGUUCUAGGUGUUGGUCUAACUAUAAAUUCAUCGAAUAGAAGUGGAAAUCAAUCAAAUUGUCACAAUGGUAGUCGUACUAGUAAUAAUAAUAGUAAUAAGAAUAAUAAUAAUCAUAGUAAUAAUAGAAAUGUUACCACAACCAUUAAAUCUAUAAAUCGUUAUACAAUGAAAAAAUCUGAUAAUAAUACUACUACAAAUACAAUGUUUAAUUCAUCAUUAUCAAAAUUCGGUGAUACCGAUCAAUUAUUGAAGACAACAAAUACUCGUAAAUUAAGUAUUGGUCAUUUAUUUCAUUUAAUUUCAUUGGAUGAAGAUUCAAUUGGUGUGACAAGUUAUCGGGAAAUAGAUAAACUUAUUAAAAUCACUUAUUCAUAUGCAUUACAAGUUCCAGAUGCAAAAUCUUAUGUAUCAUUACACACUAAUUUUACAAGUGAUUCAACAGUCAUCUUGAAUUGGAAUUAUCUGGAUAAUUAUUUAUGUAAUCGUGGGAUUAGUGAUUCAUUUCGACUACUCCCGAACCUCAAAUUUUGGAGAAGUCGUUUCUUUGUAAUACCAAUUUUCAGCAAUGAAACUCGGCGUUUAGCUGAAGCUAUCCGUGAUAAUCAUACCACUGGUCAACGAAUUCAAUGUGAUGUUUAUGAAUCAGAUUAUAUAAAUAUAAAUCGUGAAAAAACUUGUGAAAAAUUUGUUCAUUUUAUUGAAUCAAUUAAUCGUAUACGACGUACACCUAUAACAAGUCGAAAGUUAAAUCGUCAAUCUACUAUAGAGAAAUCUGAUCUUCAUCGUGUUACUACAACAACAACAACAACCAGUUUUAAUACAACUAUUUUAAAUGAUACAACUAUAAAUUCUUGUUGUAAACCUAAAACUAAUCUAUUGACUACAGUCACUCAUACACGACCAUCGAUUAUUACAUCAGUUAACACAACUGGUUCUUUGAAUGAAACCAGUGACUAUAAUAUACAACUAAUUAAUCGAGGAAGUGCAAUCAACUCAUCAAGUAUUGUUCAUAUAGAUAGUUUUUAUUCAACUACUUCAUUGCCUAAUAUCCCGGGAAUAUCAUAUCAAAAUACUGAAGAUCAAUCAUUACCUACAAAUUCUGUUCAAAUGACACAAAAUACUUCAAUUUUUAAUUCAAGUUUAUCUAAUUCUAAUACUAAUAUCACUUAUUAUUUAGUAGCGUUAAUGAUGGUUGAUAAUGACAAUGGCCUACCGUUCAUUUCAGCAACUACAACUGAUGCAUUUCCUAAUUAUACUUUCAUCUCUAUUGAUGCAGUCAAUUGGAUAAUUAAAUGGUUUCCUGAUAUUAAAACUAUUGAACAAGCUAUUUUUUAUCUACAACAAAUGCUAGAAGCUGGUUGGAUAUGUCAUACUUCAGGGAAUUCAAAACAUGUAUUUAUUUAUGGAACAUAUUUUUAUACAUUACUUAUUCCUGAUAUAAAGCAAUUAACAAAUACACAAAUUGAUACUUCACUUAAUCUAUCUACAUUAGAUAAUAGUGAAAUGAAUAUUCACUCUGCUCCAGUUACACCAAUUCAAUUGAAUGUAUCAAAUAUAAAUUGUACAAGUUCACCUUCUUCCAACACUUCACAAUCAGUAUCUGGUUUAUCAUCAUCUUCAAUAUUUCCAUUGACUACAUCCACAUUAACAACAACAUCAUUGAGUACAUCAAAUAAUUUAAUUAUAUCUUGUUAUUCUUCUACAAAUAAUACAAUAUCAAUAACAAAUUUACCAUACAUUAAUUCUCUGAAUGCUAAUUCGAACCUAUUGAAUAAUUUAUCUGCUUCUGCUAUUGCUACUAAUACUAUUACUAUUACUACUACUACUACUACUACUACUACUACUACUACUACUAAUAAUAAUAAUAAUAAUAACAAUAAUAAUAAUAAUGAUAAUAAUAAUAAUAAUAGUAUUAGUACUACUACUACUACUACUACUACUACUUCGACUAUUAUAAGCAAUCCUAUCAAUACUAUUGUAUCAUUAACUCCAAUUACAUCAUCUAAUUAUACAAAUACAAUUACUAAUACUUCAUUAUUAUCUCAUAUCAAUUCUUUAUCAUUUUCAACAAUAAAACAAAAUGAAUUAAAUUUUAAAUUAAUGAAUAUAUCAAUUCAUUUAUUUAAAACAUUGUCUAAUGUAGAUUUAAAUUUAUUACAACAAUUACCUAUACAAUUUCCUAAAGAUUAUUUACCAAAACUUUUAAAUGAUACAACAAAAUGGACUAGUGUAUUUCAAAAUGAAUGGGCUGAAAUAUCAAUUGUUCAUUAUGGUACAAAUGAGUAUCAGAUGAAACAACAACAACAGCAGCAACAACAACACCAACAGAUUCUUGAUUCAAAUUAUAUGAAUAGUAAUAUUGAUAAUAAUGAUACAUUGAAUGAAAUGAAUGAUACUUCAGUUAUAACAUCUUUAUCUACUGCUACAACAACAACAACAACAACUACUACUACUACUACUACUACCACUAAUACUACUACUAUUCCUAUUACUACAAAUGAUUCUUGUCCAUCUUUAUCUACAUCAGAAAUAAAAUUUGAAUAUGUGAAUGAAUUGAAUAGUUUUUUUAAUGAUGGUCUGUUAACGUAUUCAUCAAUUUCUACAUUAUUUGGAAUACCGGAUAAAACUGGAUUUCAAGAAAUUGAUCAAGUUCUUCGUAAAAGUUGUUUAUGUGAUUUGGAUGGACCAAAUAAUGAUGGACCAGUUGAAUGGGCUCAUUGUGUAUAUGAUGCAAAUUAUCAUCCAACUUGUGCUUUUUCUAUAGAACUUCAAUGGCUUGUAGUUACAGGCGGACGAAUGGCUGAACUGGUAUCAUUAUGGUAUCAAAAAGCUGGUACAGCUAAUUUACACUUUUUUCCAGCUCCAUGUUAUCCUUUCGGUCAAUCAAAUAAUGAUUUAUCUGAUAAAGAUCCAUUACGUAAACCAAUAUUUUUACCUAUUAAUAAUAAUGUAUUAAUUGAAGUAGCUAAAAAUUUCUAUAAUCAAUCACAAAAUGAGAAUAAUUCAUUGAUACAUGAAAAUUCUCUUUUGAAUAUGAAAGAUUUAUUGAAUUAUUUAUUUCCUGAUAUUCCACAUUCAGAACGCCUAACCUGCAUUCUAUUCUUUCAAGAUUCCAUACUUAGAAGAUUUGGCUUUAUUAACGACAGUUGUGUUAAAGAUCGUUUAGACUAUGAAGUACAUGGUCGAUUGGCUUUCGGUUCUUCUUGUUUUUCACAAAAACAAUGGGUUUAUGUACAUUGCAGUGGAGGUAUAUUUACCAUGAUACCUUCAUAUGAAAGUGGAGAAGUUCAAGGCGAAAAUAUGACAAGAAACUGCUCUGUCAUUACUGAGCCUUCAGGAAGUCGAAAAUCUGAAGAAUCUGAUCAUAAUAUUGAUCAUUUAAAAGAUGAUUAUAAACGAACAAUAAAUAUGGAUACAUCAUGGAUAUCAUCAGAUUGUACUGCUAAUUGUUUCGCAAUACAAAAAUCUAUAGGUUAUUUUUGGACAUGGAAUCAUAUGUUACCAAAACGUUGGCGUGGUCAUCUUACAGGUGAUGAAUUAUUUCAAGAUGGUAUGUUAGCUGAUUUUAGAGCAUUUCUUAAUGGAGAAGAUCAUCGUUUAUAUGAAUUGUUCAAUCGCUUUUUGAAAACCUUAUUUACCAAUAAUAAUAAUAAUCAGUCUAUGUAA